ACUAGUGAGUGUAGUGUAGUGUUAGUUUGAGGUAUGUUUGUGAAGUCUUAAUUCUUAAACCCUAGCGCUGCCACCCUUGGCCAACUCCAAUCCCAUGGCUCUGGUUUCCAAUUCGAAGCUCCUCCGAUGGAGACCCACACUCCACCCCAACCCUCUCUCCACCUUCUCCACCGCCGAAGCCCUCUCAGAGCCCGACCACGCUCCACACCCCUCUCCUUCCCCACAAAUCCAAACCCAAACCCAAACCCAAACCCAAGCCCAAAGCCCAGCCCACAAAAACCUGGAACUGACCAUCUGCAAAAUGAUGUCGAACCGCGCCUGGACGACGCGGCUCCAGAACUCGAUCCGCUCCCUCGUCCCGCACUUCGACCCCUCCCUCGUCUACAACGUCCUCCACGCCGCCUCCGCCUCCCCCGACCACGCCCUCCAAUUCUACCGCUGGCUCCCCCGCGCCGGCCUCUUCGCCCACACCCCCGACACCACGCUCAAGAUCGUCCAGAUCCUCGCCCGCCACGCUAAGCUCAACCACGCGCGCUGCAUCCUCCUCGAUCCCCAUGCGCCCCGCUCCGAGGACGCCUUCGUCGCCCUCAUCGACGGCUACGGCCGCGCCGGCAUCGUCCAGGAGGCCGUCAACAUCUUCCGCAAGAUGCCCGACCUCGGCGUCCAACGCACCGUCAAGUCCUACGACGCGCUCUUCAAGGUCAUCCUCCGCCGCGGGAGGUACAUGAUGGCGAAGCGCCUCUACAACGCGAUGCUGCGCGAGGGCGUGGACCCCACGCGCCACACCUUUAACAUCCUCCUUUGGGGAAUGUUUUUGUCCCUGAGGUUAGACACUGCGGUUAGGUUUCACGAGGAUAUGAAGAGUAGGGGUAUUGUGCCUGAUGUUGUGACUUACAACACUUUGAUUAACGGGUUUUUGAGGUUUAAGAAGGUGGAGGAGGCGGAGAAUUUGUUUGCGGAGAUGAAGGGGAAGGAGAUUGCUCCUAAUGUGAUUAGUUUCACCACCAUGUUGAAAGGCUAUGUUGCCGCGGGGCGGAUUGAUGGUGCCAUGGAGGUUUUUCAGGAGAUGAAGAGCUGCGGGAUUAAGCCCAAUGCGGUCACAUUCUCCACGUUGUUGCCGGGCUUGUGUGAUGCUGAGAAGACGGCGGAGGCCAGGGAGGUUUUGGCGGAGAUGGUGGAGAGGUUUAUCGCGCCCAAGGAUAAUGCUGUGUUUAUGAAGCUGUUGAGUUGUCAUUGUAAGGCUGGGGACUUGGAUGCGGCCGCGGAUGUGUUGAAGGGGAUGAUUAGGUUGAGCAUUCCGACUGAGGCGGGUCACUAUGGGGUUCUGAUUGAGAGUUUUUGUAAGGCUAGUGUGUAUGACAAGGCGGAGAAGUUGUUGGACAAGUUGAUUGAGAAGGAGAUUGUGUUGCGGCCGCAGAAUGCGUUUGAGAUGGAGCCGAGUGCUUAUAAUUUGAUGAUUGAGUAUUUGUGUGAUCAUGGGAGGACUGGCAAGGCGGAAACGUUUUUCCGGCAGUUGAUGAAAAAGGGUGUGCAGGAUUCGGCUGCUUUUAAUAGUUUGAUCCGGGGGCAUUCGAAGGAAGGCAACCCUGAUUCUGCAUUUGAGAUUAUUAAGAUCAUGGGAAGGAGAGGGGUUCCCAGAGAUGCGGAUUCCUACAAAUUGCUUAUUGAGAGUUACUUGAGGAAAGGGGAGCCGGCUGAUGCUAAAACAGCUUUGGAUAGCAUGCUUGAGAGUGGGCAUCAACCGGAGUCAUCACUGUACAGGUCGAUUAUGGAGAGUUUGUUUGAUGAUGGCAGGGUCCAAACUGCAAGCAGAGUGAUGAAGAGUAUGGUGGAGAAGGGGGUGGAGAAGGGGGUGAAGGAGAAUAUGGACUUGGUUUCUAAGAUAUUGGAGGCUCUUCUCAUGAGAGGUCAUGUGGAAGAAGCUCUGGGUCGAAUUGAUUUGCUUACAGUUAAUGGGUGUGAGCCUGAUUUUGACCACCUUUUAUCUGUUCUUUGUGAGAAAGAAAAGACAAUUGCCGCUCUCAAACUGUUAGAUUUUGUUCUUGAGAGAGACUGUAUCAUAGAGUUUUCAAUCUAUGAUAAGGUUUUAGAUGCUCUUUUAGCAGCAGGGAAGACCCUCAAUGCGUAUUCCAUUUUGUGUAAAAUUCUGGAGAAAAGAGGAUCAACUGAUUGGAGCAGCCGUGAUGAGCUGAUCAAGAGCCUUAAUCAGGAGGGGAACACAAAGCAAGCAGAUGUUUUGUCGAGAAUGAUCAAGGGAACAGAUGGAGGUCCCGUAAAGAAGAGAGAAGGAAAGAGAAAAGCGACUCUAGCUACAUAACUUUGUUCUCUAUUCAUUUUCUUUUUUGUGUUUUAGAGAUUCUAUAAACUCAGAAGUUGUUCUGCUCACAAACUAAGAAAAUCUGGGUGCAGAGGCCAAGUUUGUCAAAAUCAUGACUGCCUUGUGAUCCUUGUGUAGACAGAAGAUUGUUUUCUAGUGGGAACGUCAGGAAAGUUCAUAAAAAAAUGAUGGAAUCGGUAAUCCUCUACGAGUUGGGCUCCUGUGACAUUCACAGAUAGAACUGUGCAACCGGCAAUCAUAGUGAAUAAUAUUUUAUCUAAUUUGUGCUCAUUGUUUUCUUUCAAUCCCAAUACUCAGUUUUUCCGUCUCUCUUCUUUGUUGCCUCUCACACAGGUGGUCCAAACCUCUCUGUUUAUUGAUCCUCCCUGUUGAAACUUUGAUAAUCUAAUUAUUCAUGAGACUUUACAUUUGUUA